AGGAAAAGGAAAAAAGUAAAGAAGGAUCAAGUAAAGAGAAAAUGAAAGAUACGGAAAAAGAAAUUGAAGAAGAGAACACAGAUGGAGAGAAAGAAAGUGAAGACAAAGAAGACAUUAAAGACACAGAUAGUUAUAAUACAAUACAGGAGAUGGGAAAUGAAGAUGAAGGCGCUAAACAACCAGGCAGUGUGCAAGGAGUAAUCCCAACCAAUAACCGAGACAAGUUUCCCUAUCUGGUCUCCAUUAUACAGUUUAAGCUCAGAAAGAGACGAAGGAAGAAGCCAAAGGAAGCAGCUAGCACCAAGAAGAAAAAGGUUGUCAGAUUGUGCAGCGGAUCCAUCAUCAAUCACAAGUUUGUCCUUACCACCACCUCCUGCUGCACUUACUGCUGGGACAUUUGGAAUAAGAAGUUCAAGAAGAAGCAGCCUACAACACACUCCAGUCAUCAGGAAGGAAAGAGAGGCAUGAGCAACACCACUAACAGCAGCAUGCAGCCCACCACCAGUGACAGCACUGCAGGCUUCAGUACUAGUGCCAGUGCCAGUGACAGCAGCCUGCAGCCUCAAAAUAUAGAGAGAAGUCUCAGUAGUUUAAGUGACUUGCAUCAAAGUACACAAAUUGAGCAAAGUAGAGUUAGAAAGAAGAAAGUUAGCACUAGCAAGGGAAGGAAAGAUGCAAAGGGGAAACCGCCAAAACGUGGACCACAAAAAGAGAACAUUAAAAAGAAGAAGGAAAAGAAAAAGAAGAAGAAAAGAAAAAGAAGGCGUGCCAGACCGCGACUAUCUGAUAUCAAGGUGGCUGUAGGAUUCUCUACGUUGAACAAAAUGGAAUUGAACACACUUCCCCUUGACAAAGUGGUGAGCAUCUGGCUUCCUGAGGAGUGUGCUGAGAAAAUGAACAAGAGAAAAAAGAACAAACUGGUAUUCCCUGUGGAGUGUCCUGUCCUGUUGGAGCUGAGUGAAAGCAUUGAGUUUGGUCCUUUCGUCUCUCCACUGUGUCUGCCAAUCUUCCGAACAUUCAACCCUAAUUUCCUUAUCGGCGGCAGCAUUACCUACUGGUCUGCCUCAGGAGAUACCAAAUUGACCUCCCUGACGCCAAGCUUACUCCCUGGCAUAGUGAGGCUUUCGGCAAGUGUGUGUCAGAUCAAGCUCGGAGGGAAACUUCCCCAUACAACAAUGAUGUGUACUUUAGCACUACCGGACAGUACUACAGGACAAAAUCAAUCUAUGUGCUUUGGAGAUGAAGGAGCACCAUUCCUCUCCUAUACACUGCCUCACUAUGGACACACAGAGUACCUCUCAGCAUAUGCUAUCCUGGCCAUUUCUGGAUGUAAAAAGGCUCCAAAGAUUAAAGACAAACCCAAGCCUUCAAAACCAACAAGACCAAAACCCAAACCCACAAAGCCUAAGCCAGGACCUUCAAAGCCCACAAAGCCUAAGCCAGGACCUUCAAAGCCCACAAAACAAAAGCCAGGACCCUCAAAACCCACAAAACCAAAGCCAGGACCCUCAAAACCCACAAAACCAAAGCCAGGACCUUCAAAACCCACAAAACCAAAGCCAGGACCUUCAAAACCCACAAAACCAAAGCCAGGACCUUCAAAGCCCACAAAACCAAAGCCAGGACCCUCAAAACCCACAAAACCAAAGCCAGGAUCCUCAAAACCAAAGCCAGGACCUUCAAACCCGACAAAACCUAAGCCAGGACCUUCAAAGCCCACAAAACCUAAGCCAGGACCUUCAAAGCCAGGAUCUUCAAAACCAAGACAACCCACAAAGCCAGGACCUCACAAAACCAAACCGAAACCUUCAAAAACAGAACCCAAAUUAAUAAAGAGAAUGAGAAAGCCACAGACCAUUAAGAAAAGUGAAAAGAAACCCAAGAAAGUAAAGAAAGAUAAAGAAUCUCAGGGUAAACAAAAAGGAAGCAAAAAGAAAAAGAAAAGGAAGAAAAGGAAACCCAAAAAAUACAACAAGAAAAAGACCACCAACUCAGGAAUUGAUGUCUGGGUUGAGAUAGCGCCAUACAUCAACUGGAUCAUCAAAGUGGUGUUCCAGGGAGACGAUGAUUUGGUUUGUCAGAGGUCAAGCAUCGAGCCUCAGUAAACAUGCUCUUUUAAUACUAUACAAUGUCUCACCAUAUUUAAACAGUACUGUACUUUGCUCAUGUGAUUUAUUUCCUUCAGCUCUACCCUCACCAAUACAAUGAACUAUAUAAACAUGUUCUUUUAAUACUGUACAAUUCACUAUAGAAUGUCUCACCUUAAUUAACAGUACUCUGCUUAUGUAAUUAAUUUCCUUCAGCUCACCAUGCUGUGCUCUACCCUCACCGAUAUAAUCAACUGAAUAAACUUGCUUUAAUACUAUGCAGUUCACUAUACAAUGUGUCACUUUAGUUAUACAGUACUUGGCUCAUAUGGUUCCUCUUCACUUGCACCCAAUCACUAUGCUCAACCCUCACUGACCUUACUAAUUUGGUAAACAUGCUCUUUUAUUCCAUAGCUAUUAUUCACUCUCACUUUACAACCACUAUGCCCUACUUUGUCCAUACCCUUGUCUGGUGGCAGGUGUUGCAGGCCCCCAACUAGGAUUGCUAGGUUAUUUUAAAAGAACUCAAAAUAUUAAGUGGUGGGUUGGGGAAAAGGAGUUUUGGGGAAUGCAGAUGUAUUAUAAAUAAUUACCCUUUACGUACAUUAUUCUAAGAUGCUUUAAAUAAAUAAUGUUACUCUGGAUUAUUAAUCAUAUUCCAUCCAUGCAAUGUCUGUAUUCUAAUAAAGUGGUG